UAUUAUACGCAUCGCGGACAAUUGGGUAUCGAGAUGAAAAUCUGUGGCGGGACCGUCCUUCACCUGGAGUAUGCCGAAAGCUGUAAUACCCAAUCACUCCGAAGUGGAAAAGUUUCUUCGUUCCUCGGAAACCCAUUUCACCUACCCUAUAUGCAUAGAUCAUUUCCGCGAAUUUAAAAAGGAUCUUGGCCAAACUGGUCCCUUGAUAAAGUUCAGUGUUUCAGUGUCAGAUUGGGACCCUCUUUCCAGUAAUUGUAAACUUGAAAAAACCAUAGAAUACCAUCAGAGUGUUGCGGAAUCGUUUCGAAGAUUGACAUUGGAAAUGGGAGAUGUGCAGAAGUUCCGUCAGAGUCUCAGCCAGAACCUUGCGGCACCCAAACCUUCGGGGAAAAGGCAUUUGGAAUCCGUUUCCUCGUCGACGACGUCGGAUGAGGUCUUCAUUCUCUCUCCUAAACGCAGAAAAGGAGAAAGGUUGUCAGCCAGCUUCUGUUAUUCGGAUUGCUUCUGGCUCUCCAACUAUGGGGAACUGCUGGAGCCCGUCAGCAGCGAAUUAAGCGCCAAGAACAAUGGUGCUGGUGGUUCUAAUCUAGAGAUUGGUGAAAGUGAAUUUGAAGAGGAUGAAGACUUGACUGACGUCGAUGGACUUGGCAAUGCUGAAUACGACGAACUCGACUCUGACGACUUAUCAUCGCCCAAUCGAGGUGACGUGGCCGUUUUCACCCGUCCAGCUCCGGGAGCCGGAGAAGUGGAUUUUAAUGGACCUUGCUCCGACUACCGACCAGGAGAGGAUGAUUUACAAGCUUUCGAUUUCAUCCGUCAGUUCCGGUUAGAUGUCCUCGAGACCAAAUACCCUGGUGUAACCAAAGUACGAGGUUCCAGCCGCUUGCAAACCGCCUAUCGUCUGGAGACGGAAGCCGAUUUGGUGGUUCCCACUAGGAACAUUUUCCCUCAAGGCCUUCCGCAACAGUUUUCCUUCAUUUGCACUUUCCGGACAAGGAAGCCACCCAAGACGGCCUGGAACAUAAUUCGAAUUAGCGAUUUGCGACAACGCCCACAGUUCCAGGUGACCCUGAACCCGCGCAAGAACACCAUCGAGUUCGGCAUCAACGAUUUCAGUGGAAAGCUGCAGACGCUCGUUUUCCGCAAAGCUCAAGUCUUUGAUAAAGAAUGGCACAAAGUUCACUUUGGAGUCCAUCGCGAACGUGUUGUACUCUAUGUCGAUUGCGAGUUCAGCGAAGAGUUGCCGCUCGAUGUCCGAGGACCGAUCGAUGUCAACGGCGAGAUCGCCAUUUCCAAAGUGGCUGGAACUAAGCGCACCGUUCCGAUUGAACUUCAAUGGAUGGUGAUGAGUUGCGAUCCCGCUCGCCCAGAGCGUGAAACUUGCGAGGAAUUGCCGCCACCACCUCCACCCAGGGAGCAAGUUCAACCGGUUUGCGAGCAAACCUGUCCACCAGGUGUGCCAGGACGGAAUGGAACUGAUGGCCCACCGGGACCACGCGGCUUAUCAGGAGAGCGAGGAAUACAAGGGCUACCGGGACCCCAGGGUAUUCGUGGAGAACCUGGAACCAAAGGAGACAUGGGAAUGCGAGGUGUUCCAGGAGAAAUCGGAAAGGAAGGUACGCCUGGUAAUCCUGGUAUCGCUGAACCGAGAGGAGAGUCUGGAAUUCCCGGCUCUCGAGGAGACACCGGACCGCCCGGUCAAGUUGGACCUAAAGGCGAUAGAGGAGAUUCAGGUCCGACUGGGCAAAUGGGAUCAACUGGUCCGCGUGGACCUCCCGGGCCUCCUGGAGAUAUUACUAAAGUAACUGGACCUCAAGGAAUGCAAGGAGCGCCGGGAGAAAGAGGUUUUGUUGGACCUCCAGGACCGGAAGGUGCUCAAGGGCAGCGUGGAUUCACUGGCGAAAUGGGUCCGCCAGGAACAGCAGGCAAGGACGGUACAUCGGGUGAACGAGGACCUAAAGGCGAUCGUGGUGACAGAGGAACUGCUGGUGUAAGAGGAGCUCCUGGUACUCCUGGACCCCCUGGCCCAGCUUCUUCUGGAACGGGUGGACAAACUGUACCCGGGCCCCCGGGACCUGCUGGUAACCCUGGAGAACCUGGUAUGCCGGGACCGCCGGGCGAGAGGGGUAAUCGAGGUGAACGUGGAGACUUGGGAGAACGCGGAAUCGCUGGAGAAAAGGGCGACCGUGGACCGGCAGGAUUACCUGGUAAUGACGGUACUCGUGGAGAGACUGGACCUGCAGGAAAACCAGGUUUGCCCGGCAGCAAGGGUGAUCCAGGUGUGCCUGGUGCUCUCGGAUUGCAAGGACCUCCAGGUUCAGCAGGAGCUCCGGGACCUAUGGGAUUGACUGGACCGACCGGAGAAAUCGGCAGACGAGGCGAACCAGGCAAUGCUGGUCCUGCUGGUCCUGCAGGACCUCCUGGUACUCCGGGUGAAGUUGGACCUCAAGGAUUGCCAGGAGGUCCUGGCAGCCGUGGUGAGACUGGCCCGCGAGGAGAAAGAGGCGAAAUUGGUCCAUCUGGACCGACCGGAAGCCCUGGCUUAACUGGAAUGAAGGGUCACGAAGGAAAGCAGGGAACCGACGGAGAGCCAGGCCAAAGAGGAGAGAAAGGCGAAAGUGGACCACGAGGACCUGAUGGGCCUCGCGGUGUUGAUGGCAAACAUGGUGUUCAAGGUUUGAUCGGUCGUCCUGGACCUAAAGGAGAUCGAGGAGAAAACGGUCUACCCGGAGUGGAAGGAAUUCGCGGACCUCCAGGCCCGAACGGAAUUCCUGGCCCGAUCGGACCUCCUGGAGUCGCUGGCUUACCUGGUUUCGUUGGCAAACCUGGCCCACCAGGUUUGUUGUCCACCUGGAGGACCCCUCCAGGUCCCCCUGGCGAUGCCGGUGUCAUUCCUGCCAAUUUGAUGAGAAACGACGGUGCUGGUGCUACCGGAGCUACUGGUCAACCUGGUCUUCCAGGAACACCUGGAUUGCCCGGAGAAAGAGGAGCGGACGGUGAUCGUGGACCGGAAGGCGCCACUGGAUUGCCCGGAACACCUGGAGCUGAAGGGCCCACUGGCAGACAAGGACCCGUAGGACCCCGCGGAUUCGCUGGAUUGCCUGGUCUCACCGGACCAGCAGGAAAAACUUACUCCGAGUCUGAUUUGAGAGACAUUUGCGCUUCUGUUCUACGUGAUCAACUGACUGAGUUGACAGCCAGAUUAGUUGGUCCUCCUGGCUUACCCGGUCGCGGCAGACCGGGACGCCCUGGACAACCUGGUUUACAAGGAGAUACAGAUCACAUGGAAGAAUUAGUAAGUGGACUUCAAGGUCCACCCGGUAUUCUCGGUCGUGGAAGACCUGGACGGCCUGGCCCGCCUGGAAGAAUCGGCCAUACAGGCGAGACAGGAAAGGUCGGUCAACCUGGAGAUCGUGGCUUGACUGGCUUGCCAGGCAUUCCAGGACCACCAGGACCUGAGGGACCUAAGGGAGACGUUGGAUCUAAGGGCGAACGUGGACCAGGUGGUAUCGGUAUGGAAGGACCGAUGAGACCAGCUGGUAUUCAAGGACCACCUGGACCUCCAGGAGUUGGUGUUGCUGGUCGAGCUGGCGAGCGUGGUGACUCUGGAAAACCAGGACCAAGAGGAAUGGUUGGUGUUGCUGGUCCACCUGGAGCUCCUGGAUUCUGUGCCGGAUGUGCUCCUCAACAAUACCGACCUGCCGGUAACGACAAGGGUCCCGGGAAAUAAGUCGUUGCCUCCCCUAGCCGUUAGGCAAUUUUGACGCUAAUGGAUGCAGACAUACAUACAGACAAAAUAAUAAUAAUAAAAAAGACAUUUCCUCCCCCCCCCCCCCCUUCCCCUCUCCCCUCUCAAAAAAAAAAUAAAUUGAAAAUCGGGGAAUUAAUGACACUUUAUUCGGUAAAAUACAAUGUCAAGACAACGACUGUUGGUGGGUAUACGAGCAGACAUAAAGAAGUCGAUGUACCACUGGUAGAUUUAUUAAGCUCCUUAUCACUGCCUGAAAUUUUUAUUUCCUCUCCUCCUUUUUGACGUGUAGGCCUGGUAGACACUUUGUGUUCUUUUUUUUUUUUUUUUCAUAAGAAAAAUAUAACCAAUUUUGUUAUAACAUUUAUAGGCAUUUUUUCCUACUGAAUAGAGAUUUAUUUGCUUGUUGGCCAUCCUCCAUAUAACUUCCCUUUCAUCUUCAAAUAAAAUUGUCCUUCCUUUUUCUAACUACAUCUGUGUGAACAAUGAUUGUUUUGUUUUCAUUCAUACCACCAAACGCUGCUGGACUGGAAACUUUUCUAUUGGGGUUCAAAAAUUGGCUGAGCUUUGUAUCAACUGUUUCCUUCAUUCAACAUUUUAAGUGUAAAUAUCAGUUGAAAUGAUUUCAUUUGGCUGCAAUACAACAAUUCAUGCUGCCGUAA